AUAUCCUUAUGACCACUAAACUGUUGGUGUGAUGUUAGGAACUUACACCCACUCUGAGUGAAGUUCCAAAGCGGGGAAAUGCAGAAGCGCAAUGCGUUCAUUGGUGGCCAAGGGAAGAAUCAGGAGCAUGAAAUGUCUAUGCCUUACACACACACUCACUCAAACCCAUAAAACUCCACACGUCACCACCUUCCCUCAUUCUCUCCAUAUUAAUCAUAAUCCCCUCUUUCAAGUCUUCUCCGGUUUUCUCCGACUUCCAAUUCGGCCGUUUUCUACCAAGUUCAAGGGUGGCCCCACACCGACCGCUUCUUCUUCUUCUUGUGCGUUGGCCCAAAGCAUGGCGAAUUUCGACGCUGAUUCCGUCACUUACUUAACGCAGCGAGAAGCCGCCGAGAUCGACGAGACACUCAUGGGUCCUCUUGGCUUCAGCGUCGACCAGCUCAUGGAAUUGGCUGGUUUAAGUGUCGCUGCUUCCAUUUCUGAGGUUUACAAACCGAGUGAGUAUAAUCGUGUUCUUACUAUAUGUGGUCCUGGUAACAAUGGGGGUGAUGGUCUGGUAGCUGCUCGGCACUUGCAUCACUUUGGGUAUAAGCCCUUCGUCUGUUACCCGAAGCGUACCCCCAAGCCUCUCUAUGCUGGAUUAGUUACUCAGCUUGAAGCACUGUCAAUCCCAUUCUUGUCGGUGGAAGAACUACCGUCAGAUAUUUCAAAUGACUUUGACAUUCUCAUAGAUGCCAUGUUUGGAUUCUCAUUUCAUGGUUCUCCAAGGCCUCCUUUUGAUGAUUUGAUCCAGAGACUUGUCUCUUUACAUAGUCAUAAUCAAAUUGGCCCGAAAAGAUCAGUUAUAGUCUCUGUAGAUAUACCUUCUGGGUGGCAUGUUGAAGAGGGAGACGUUGAUGGUUCAGGCAUUAAACCUGAUAUGUUGGUUUCGUUGACAGCCCCAAAAUUAGGUGCAAAGAAGUUUGGUGGUCCUCACCACUUUCUAGGAGGUAGAUUUGUCCCACCUGCAAUUGCAGAAAAAUAUAAGCUUAUACUUCCAGCAUAUCCUGGAACAUCCAUGUGUGUUAGAAUUGGAAAGCCUCCACAAAUUGAUAUCUCGGCUCUAAGAGAGAACUAUAUCUCUCCAGAAUUUCUUGAAGACCAGGUGGAGGCUGACCCUAUUAAUCAGUUUCGCAAUUGGUUUGAUGAUGCAUUAGCUGCUGGUUUGAAGGAACCAAAUGCUAUGGCCUUGUCUACUGUAGGGAAGGAUGGAAAACCCUCAUCACGAAUGGUAUUGCUGAAAGGCUUGGAUAAGGAUGGAUUUGUGUGGUACACAAACUAUGAAAGUCGAAAGGGACAUGAAUUAUCUGAAAAUCCACGUGCAUCACUUCUUUUUUACUGGGAUGGUUUAAACCGGCAGGUACGGGUGGAAGGGCCUGUUCAGAAAGUCCCUGAUGAAGAAUCAGAACAGUAUUUCCAUAGCCGUCCUAGAGGAAGUCAGAUUGGAGCAAUAGUCAGCAAGCAGAGUACUGUAGUGCCUGGAAGGCAUGUUCUUUAUCAGGAGUACAAUGAGCUGGAACAAAAAUACGCUGAUGGUAGUUUGAUCCCGAAACCUAAGAACUGGGGAGGAUAUAGGCUAACACCACAACUUUUCGAAUUUUGGCAAGGACAAAAAUCUCGCUUGCAUGACAGGUUGCAAUAUACUCCCCACGAGAUCAAUGGACAGUGGCAGUGGAAAGUUGAGCGGUUGGCUCCCUGAUAAUUUUUUGUCGUUUCAAUAUCACAACUUUUGAAAAAUAAGGGAAAAAUACUUGUUUCUAAAGCUCAGCCUAUUUAUUCUUUCAACGUAUUGAGUUCUGCUGUUUCUAUUCCUAUGUACUUAAUAUUUUUUUCUUGGCAUUCUAA